GUCGUCGCCAUGAACAGGUUUGUCGAUACGUUCCGGAGCAUGUUCAAGGACAUUGAGCGCACGACGUUGCAGCGGCCGGUCCGAACCUCGGACGAGCCCGCGCUACAGAUGGCCGCCGUGCGCCGGGCGAAGCGCCGGUCGCACUACUCGGACGUGCUAUCGACGACGUUUCCCAACACGCCAACACGGGCGUCCGACGACGCCGAGCACGCCAAACACAGCCAGAUCCUCGAGUUCCUCUUGCAGUCGUUCGACGCGACGUGCGACGAGUCGCAUGCGCACGUCCUGCAAGCGCUCGAGCUCUGCGGGCGGCUCUCGGCCGUGGUGGGCGCGGGCCGCGUCGCCAAAACGCAGCUUGAGAUGGCCUUCAUGGCCAACGUCGUUGCGCUCGCGUACCUUGGCGACGAAGGGCUACAAGCCAUCGUCAUUGCGCAGCUCGAGGCCGCGACCGCUGCCCACGACUGGUUCCGCGUCCCAUCCUCUUCUUCUUCGCCGAUGGCCAAGUACCCAAAGUGGGUGCCCAUGGCGCAUGCGCCGACCGCGCCGUCGUUCGAGUCGAGCGUCCUGGCCUUUAGCAUGCUCGCCAAGCUUUCGCCGAACGACAUGAAGAAGGGGCCGCCGAUGUCGCGCGACGUCGACGCGCUCCUCGGCAAGCUGGUGCUCGAUGGCGAGUUUUACACGCUCUUUCUCGCCUCGGUCCUCAACCAAAGCCGAAGCAGCGUCACUGAGACCAACGACUGGAAGCGCGUCGUGCCGCACCACGACCGACUCGUGUACGUGGGUCUUCGGCUUCUCCACGAGUGCGCGUACGAGACGUGGGCCAUGGCGGGGCCGUCGCCACGCACGUACUUUGCCUUUACGAUGCGCGGCGUCAAGACCGCGAUGCUCAAGGGGCUCAUGCUGCUCUUGAAUCCCAAGCUGACCUACCUCACGCUCCUCGCGCUCCUCGAGGCGACUAAUGUCAAUAACGAACGCAGCGUGGGCCACUGCCUCCACCAGCUCGAAGAGUGGUUCAUGCGCCUCACCGAGUACAAGUUUGAUUUGAUGGCGACCGUCCGCGAUUACGACAAGGACUUUUCGUGGAUCUUCGCCAUCAAGCUCUUGCUGCUCUCCGACCACAUGGACAUUCUCAAGAAGACGCUCUUGUUCCUCUACAACGUGCUUCCGAUGCUGCCCGACACGCUCCGGACGCUCAUCAUGCGCGUCCUCCUGCACCGCCAUUUUGAACUCUUUCUGCAUUGGCAGCGCGACGUCCGGCGCUUCUACCAGCAUGUGCUCGUCUACCGACUCUGCCCGGGCGCCCACCGCGUCUUCCUCUUCUCGAUGACCGAUAGCUUGCUCGCCAAAGUGGACGGCGAGCAUGAACUCAGCUUCUUCAACUACGACGCGCUCGCACCGGGCAUGGAGAGCCUCCUCGACGACGAGCGUGCGAAAUGGACCUUCUUUGACGUCCUCAUUCUCUCGCUCUGUCUCCGCGAGCGCGAGCGCGCGCACGAGGCCAAUAAAGAGCAGCGCCGCGCCGCCGACCUCGCGGCGGCCCGUGUUGCGACGCUUCAGAAAGACUUGCACAACUGCUCGCAGAGCCGCGUGAGUGCGUCGUUUGCGCGCGAGUGCAUGUCGGCCAAUGCCACCACCGACGUCGAAGAGAAGCUCGCGGCCGAAGUCGACCGGCUCCGGUUGCUGCAAGCGUCACUGCCGUACCUGCGCGUGACGCCGCAAGACCACGAGUUUGAGCUGGCGGUGGCGAGCAGCAACGUCGAUCGGUUCUUUACGCCGCGCGAGGGCAUUGAGUGGAAGCACCUCCAGCAGUAUGCGCGCGUCGCACUUCUCGAGUAUACCAACGUGCUGCAGUCGUACUAUGCGCAGUGCUCGCGGCACCACGCGACCGGUCGCUUUGAUGUUGCGCGCUUGCCUCUCGCACCGGAACUCACCUUUUAAUCUAAUCUUUUGUCGUGUGUA